GAGAAAGGACUCUUUGAUCGAGCUUGUUCCAGCGAGGAAGUGAAUAUAUUAAUACAUGAUGAGCUGAAGCCAGAUGAAGGAUUUCAUGGUCUCUAUGAGAAAGCUAUUGAUUCCUUGGAAAAAAAGUUACGAAAAGUCUUGCCGAAUACAUUCUAUGGGAUUCAUAGCUUCAUCGAGGUAAGUGGUGAAACAGCUCUCCAAUCCCCAAAUUGAGAAAGACGCCGGGAUUAUAGUAUCGUUGUAGAUGCCGUUAAGUUUCAAUACUAUGCCUAGAUUUGGUUUCCUAGCCCAGAAGAUACUGGAAAAAAGAAAUGAACCUAGUAUAUGGCCUCGCUCUCCAUGAGUUCUCCGUAGCUCAAGUGGAUAGAGCGCCCGCCCGGUGUUUGGGAGAUCAUAGUUUCGAAUCCUGUCGGGAACUCAGAUAUUUUCUUUGUCCUUGACUCGUGACAUGUUGAUCAUGUCAUUUUCACAAGAUACUGGAUGUCUUUAAAAAGGGCGUGGCACGCGAAAACCAGCCAGCAGAAUUAUUCUUAAAAAUACUAAAGGUGAUAGUUUUUUAAUAGAGAGAAAGGUACUAGGAAUUAGACCUUUUUACCGAUACGGCGGUCAUAUUAAAUUAAUUCGAUUUAAGAAGUAUUAUAGGAUGUCCAGGGGGCAUGAGCACAUUUCGUUUGUAUUUUCGAGCGCUUUUCGGGUUAUUUUUUCUUAAAGUUUUCUUAGAAUAAGAUUGUAAUGGGAAAAAAAAGAUCCUUGUGUCGUGUUUUGAUGUAACAAUGAUCGCCUUUUUCCCGAGAAAUAUACAGUGAAAGACCUUAUUUCUAAUACUAAACUAGAAAAAGGAGAUCAUUAUUACAUCCAAACACGACACAAGGAUCUUUUUUCCCAUAACAAUCUUAUUCUAAGAAAACUUUAAGAAAAAAUGUCCCGAAAAGCGCUCGAAAAUACAAACGAAAUGUGGCUCAUAUACCAUGAUGGCUAGGCCAAUCAGAGCUCUAAAAUUGCAUUAUCCAAUGAUUCAGUUUUUAAUAAAUAUAUAUAUCUAGCAAGAAAGUGAUAAAAAUGCUAUGAUUAGACUCUACAUGUUUGCCUUAUAUUUGUAGGCUGAAUCUAUUGCAAAAGGCACUGCAUUAAAAAACCACUCCGACCUAAACUGCGUGAUGAUCACGACGAACAUUAAAGACGCUUCCCAGUUAAAAGCAGAACUACCCAACGUCCUACGUGACCUAAAGAAACGUUUGGGGAGCAGUAUAGGGGUCAAAUGGAAACUAACUUUAAAAGAAAAAACGCCGUUUUCGUUGGUGUUUAACAUGUCACGUCAUUCCAACCCUAAAGACACUAUUACGGUUGCUGUCUUGCCAACAUUUGAGGCAAACGUAGAAGGUAAAAAUGAUAUGUACUUAUUUAAGCGCAAGGGUUGCAACAUUGCGUUCAUGGAAAGUGGUGACAGGCACAGUUUAGUUAGUGCACGGCUUUCUGAAUGGGAGGCCCAAGCUCGAAUUCCAUUAGUAGCCUAAGACACACAACUGAUUAACUUUACUGUAACAUCUUGAACUUCUUAAAAUUUUGUUUCCCCUAAAUCAGUCUUCAAUGAGCUUAGUAAUGUACUCAAAGCCCUUUUAGAUAAAGACCUGACCUCAUGGUCGCUCCAAGUAAAAUUUCUAUGGGUAGAUGGCACCCCCCCAAUAAUAGCCACUAUAAUGGCGAUAACGGCUAGAAAUUCGGUCUGUUUAGUUUCUACCGGUGUCGUGUUUAUGACUUGCAAAUUUCAAUGCGUCAGUUCACUUGGUAUUCCCCAACGCUGGGAAGUGCAACAGAGAUACAAAAUCUUGAGAAAAACGAUUCAUCAGCUUUUUGUAAAAAUACUUUUAUGACGUUAAGUCUGAGAAGAAAUUAAAUAUUCUUUGUCUUAAAAGGAGAAACGUUUUACAAAGAAAUGCUUAGCGAUACUAAAGAGAACUGGCCAUACUACUCGGCUGCUCUUGUGAAGAUACAAAGGGACUUCGUCAAAAAACGGCCCGCAAGCGUAAAAUACCUGAUUCGAAUGGUGAAGUACUGGUGCAAGAAGUACAUUCCACUGAGUGGUAGUAAGCGUCUCCCGCCCUCCUAUCUGCUGGAGCUUCUCACAAUACACGCCUGGGAAAAUGCAAAUCCACUGAAUCCUCCAGAGAGCUUUGACAUGAAGAUUGGUUUUAAAGCUGUUAUGGAGGUUCUAAAGAAUCACCAAAGUCUUCGUGUUUAUUGGGAAGAUUACUACAGAAGGGAUUUGAUUCCAAUCAGGUAGAUUCAUGGAGAGUUUGAAAUUGCUUUUACUACUGUAGGACAUUCUCGACGACAUAGGCGUCUCGGAUGUCGAUAAACCGGCAUAAAAUUUCGACAAACGUCCCUUUACCCUCCCCUCCCUCUGACGCAUUGAGUCCUUCAUUCCCAUAAUCCUUUUUCUUUAUUUCAAUCAGCUGAAAAGUUCGCAAGUAAUGACUCUCAUGGCAAGACAUUGGUAACACGUGGCUGAUUUUAAAAUUUAUAGCAAUUGCACAAAUUCUUUCACUAUGGAAUUUUAUUUAUGGCAUAUUUUCUUUUUUGGCAUUUCAGUCUUCUGAAUGAGGCAUAUAUCAUUGAUCCCGCCAACCCAACCAACAACCUGUACGCCAGUGUUGACUGCUGGGAUGAGGUGAAAAAGGUUGCAGAAGAAACCAUGCGGAAACCCCUUCUCAGAGAUGUAUGGGUUACUUUUAACUGGGGGUGA